GCUUCAACGGACUAAAAACCUGCGUCGUGAUUCGUGAAUGAUAUGUAUUGAAGACCGAAUUAUACACAAUCUUCUUCUUCACCUGUUUGUUGAAUAUUACAAACUUUAAAUCGAAUUAACGAAUUCUUUCAAAUCUUCGUGAUGGAUGUUCUCGGAACCAGCAUCGCCGGAGAGGUUGGACUGCGGUUGCUUCUUUCCCCACUUAAUUCAACUAUAGUGAUGCGAACAGCAUGCUGUUCUGUUGGAAUUGUUGUACCGGUUUAUUCUUCGGUCAAGGCUAUUGAGACAGGGAAUCAACAAGAUCAGAAAAAGUGGCUUUUAUAUUGGGCAGUGUAUGGAUCCUUCAGUAUCGCUGAAAUUUACUCUGACAAACUCUUAUCCUGGUUUCCCUCGUACUAUUAUGUGAAGUUGGCAUUUCUUAUCUGGCUUCAACUUCCAGAUACUCAAGGUGCCAAGAUUCUGUACAAAAACCACCUGCAACCAUUCCUAAAAAGACAUGAGGCUAAAAUAGACCGUGUUAUGGGAUUGACAUAUAUUGAGAUGGCCAAAUUAAUUAGCUCGCACCAAAAGGAACUUCAGUACUUGAAAUCUAUCUUGGCCAGGAUCACAUUGUCAUCGUCUGGUAAAGCACCAAGCAAUACUGCAGGCCCAGCACCACCUGACAACCCUGCUGUAGUUGAAGACCAAAGUAGAGGAUUACCAGAGGCAGCUCCUGAAGCUGAUGAACACAGGGAUUGACAGAUACACCAGAGUUGAUAAAACCUCCCUUGCUCUUGUUAUGACGAAACAUGUUUGUAAAUCUGGUACCAGAUAUAUUGAGAUAGUUUUUUCUCAAGAAAAUUUUAAAACUUGUUUCGGAAUGAUAUAUCAUGACCCCAUGUGUCCAGAAGCAUGUUUAUUUAUGCUGAAAUUUUGUGUGAGAACAUGAUGUGCAACACUUCUAAUUCUGACUCUUGAUGAAAAUGUUCUGCUUUCGUAA